UAGAAGGAUUGUUGUGAACCUUACGUCAUAUGAGGUGACUCGGGCUACACCCUAUUAUGUACUUUACGUGUGUGGUGUUACUCUCAGGUGGAUCUGCACAUUGGUUUGCAAAGCGAUAAUAUGGGUGCAUCAGCUCGUAAACCAACAUACAUAUUUGACUUUGAGAUGAACUAAAAUGAAGUGUUCUGGAACGAAUAAAGAUGGUUCUCGAUGCAGAUAUGAAUCAGACGAACAACUUCUCUUUUGUCCAAUAUGUGGUUCGGGUUGCUCUGAAGACCAAUCAACAACGAAGAAAUCCAUCAAGUGUCCUGGCAAGAGUGGGGUUUGUGGCACAGAUCUUGCUGCAGAUUCAGAUGUAAAUUUUUGCUUUAAAUGUGGUUGGAAGAUUGACAAGUCACUCUUUGUGACACCAAGGACAUGCCCAGGUGAACUAAAGGGUGUCCCAUGUGGAGCAGAGUUAAAGGAAGGAAGUAACUUUUGUAGCAAAUGUGGUUUUGACCUUUUUCCUGAAGAUGCAAUAACAGACCAAGCAUCUAAAACAACUGCACCAGGUCUAGAUCCAAAUGACAGUGCCAAAACUAUGAAUAAUUUGGCAGAUCAUGCAGGGAAAAAGUGUAAGAAAAAAAAGAAGAGGGUUAAAGAUGAAGCUGAGAAAGAAUCUCCAGAUAGUAACAGUACUGGUGACAGUGAUGAUGACCAUGUCAGUGAAGAUCCUGAUCCUAGUAAAUCUGAAGAUACUACUAGAAACAUCCAGGUGGUUAAUCAGACAGAAAACAGUGAACCUGUCGUUACAAGAAUGGAAACUGAUCCAGUCUCUCCAGGAGCUGGACCAUCUACUCUGGAUGAUCAAUUAAAAGUAUCACUACCCCAGCAAGAGAGAGGACAUCACAAAGAUGUUUUGCAAAAUGAAACAACUCAACCAAUGACUGAAAGGGACCUUCUCCAACCCAAGGUAGAUGAACGUUCCAGUCAACAGGAAAUGGGCAAUGACAGUAUUCCUACAGGAACAACAAACAGUCCUUCUGAUGGCACAGAAUCACAUGAUGCCCCUUGUAGUGGGGUCACCACUCGUCAGAUGGCAAGAGCUCAGGAAAAUAGCAACUCUGGAGUACCCAAAAUGUCCUACUCAGAGGCUGCAAAGCAAAAUCCAAAAGUGAAUGAAGUUGAUACAGGAAAUAGAAGGUCUUGUCAAGGAGAACCAAUAGUGGAUGUUAUAUUCCAUGUUCUUGUUUCUGAAGAAAUGAACUUGAACCAUUCAACUGACAAAGUAACUGUUCAGUUUGGAUCACAGCUUCUCAAAGGAUGGCAAAGUGAUCACUGGGAAAUGAAAUUUGUGAGGGAACAUCAGGAUGGUGUACAUGAGUAUCAGUGUUGUGUUCCCAUGACCAAAGGUCUACGAAAUGGAGGAUUUGAAUACAAGUAUAGAGUGAAACAGUACUCAAAAAAGGAAAGGAAAUACAAUAACCACUGGGAAACUGUACACUAUAUGAACAGGCAACACUUAGCAGGAAAUGAUCCAAAUCGUCAUUUCAACAUUCCAGAACAAAAGAGAAAAGAUGUGUCACCAUGGCAUCAAUAUGAUGGAUUUGUAUAUCCAAAGAUGUCAGAGAACAUUGUGAAAAGAUUAUGGUCCAAAGCUUUUGGAGGUGGCCUUCAAGGCAGAAUACGUCAUGAUGUCAUGUUUGCAGGAGAAUUAUUCCUACCAUCUGCAAAAUCAAUUUUGACAAGGUUGAUACAGAGGGAAUCUGGAGAGUCGAGUGUUAUUGAAGAAUACUUGGAUAAGAUUGGCAUGACAUAUACUGGAUUGUCAAUUCAAAUGGUAGACAAAAACAUGGCUUAUUUGGACAAAGAACUAUCUCUGCAGAUGUUCCAAAACGUCAUAGAUCCUCUGAUGGACCAUCUUGUGAAGAUUGAAAAGAAUUUUGCAGCUUCCCUUGUGCUUAGUGUUUUUAUUCUGUCUGCACACAGUGAAAACAAAAUUCCUUUCAAAGCUGCAGGUCUGAAUAGGGAUUUUCUCAAGAUUUUGAUGAUGAAGCCAGAUUCACAGCAGAAUACUGUUGAAGGCUUUGAAGCUUUAAGGACACACUUCCCAAAGAGGUCUUCAAAGACGUUUGCUGGAGCUGUUCUUAAAAUGAUGGAGGAAAAUAGCUCAGUGACAUACCACACCGUCUUUCAUCCAUACUUAAACACAUACAAGGAAUCACAUGCAGAUUCUUCAUGGUUGUACUUUGUUCCACUGUUGCAUUUUCUGAGAGAAGAUUCAAAGCCAAUGUUGAAAUAUUCAACAAAACACAUUGAUGAUAUGUGGUGGGGUAUAAAAAGCAUAGAGCAACACAAAGAAAAACUGAAGAAUUGUGCCCAAUGGACCAUAUCUGAAGAAGAGGUAUUCCGUGGUUUAUCUCCUUACUUUGAAGCAGACUUCCUCCUCCCACGGACACUCAUGGCUUGUGUAUCUCUUCUGAAUCUGAGAAAGGUUGUAGAUCUACAAGUAAUUCCACCUGAGAUAUGCACAGCAACUCUUUAUUUCUACUGUGAAAGCUCAGGAUCCUCUUUACCUCGUGAGACAAAGCAGUAUCUGAGAGAGUGCUUUUUGAGUGUGGCAAAACAAUUCAAAGAAGUCUCAGGAAGGAGAGGCAUGAAGAAUCACAGGGAAACAGAGCUGGAUUGCACAGAGCACAGAUAUAUGUGUGUGAAAAUAGCAGCAGAUCUUCUUGAUGUUUGUUUGGCUGAUACCUAUCAGUCAACCCGAUUACUGCUUGCUGCUGUUGAUGUAUUCACAUCAAGUAUCAGUGUGUGUCAAUGUCACAAUGAAAACAGUAACAAUCCUGAGGGUAGAGUGGAAGAAGUCCACAAUCUGGUGAAUUGUUUGCUUGAUGAAAAGAUGAAACAGAUCAUUACCUGGAUGGAAAACUACUCUUCCCGGAUAUCUACAUCAAAUAUUGAUUUGAACCACUGCAUUAAAGUGUGGAAUGAUUUGAUCACACUGCAAGUCAACUCACCAUCACUGUCUCAUGAGUGGAACGCCACACUCCUUGAUGCAUUUGAAAAGGUGUUAUCACAGGUAUGUCCAGAGACUUGUCUGAACCUUCACAGAAGCCAAAUAGACAAGCCAGUUCACAGACUUCUUCAAGAAAGGAUGACUUCAGCUGCAUUCAGAUCAUUUGAGCUUCUGAUGAAGAAAGACGACCAGUUUGCAAGGAAUAGCCAGAUGGAUAAGGCAUUCUGCGAAAUGGUUUCUAAACAUCUCCAAAUGUACUGGCCAGAAAAUGCAGAUGAGGAGAAAUUGAUUCUUCACAUCGUUACUUGGAGACCCUUGAUCAGUUACUUCAGUCGUUUCAUUGGUGAUCCUGACGCUUACGACUUGUUGGUGUAUGACUGCUCACAACAUCUGAUGGAAGCUGUCUCUUUGCUGGACAAAAUAGCAGCAUCUUUGUCAAAGGGAGACAAUUCAGUGUGGCUGCUGAAACUGAUUCUUUCCAACAAGAAGAAUUUUAUUGAACUUUGGGCAGCAUCAAGGCAAGGAGAUGAAUUACACAUCAGCAUGGAACACACUCUUAAUGUUCGUGAGAAAGAACUCCAAGCAUGCCAGAUCUAUCUGAAAAGAGCUCAUGUCCUACUCAUCAUGUGUACUGAUAUCAUUGAAGUGAAUACAGAUGAAUUAUCAAACAGAGUAAGAGAAAUAGAAGAAAGGAUUGACACUGAAGUGUUGUGUACUCUGUGUCAUCCACAACAAGAAUGUGAAGCUGGGGAAGACAGCCUAGAUUCCUAUGAACCAAUCAUUUGUAUCUCAGAAAUCCCAGAGAAAAUCAUGGAAAUGGUUCCUCGACUUGAGAGGUUGAAUGAAAGUCUGAUCUUUAGGGAAAUGUGGAGACAUGAAGGAGCAAGCAUUGCCCCUGGAACAAAGUUUGAGGAAGCUGUCUUGAAAGUAUGGCAGAAGUCCAGUCAGAGAUGGUGCAAUCUCUGCAAGAAGAUGCAGGAUGGAACAGAGACAUUCAACAACAUACAGGAACAUGUGAGAAUAUUUCAAGGUGAUGAAAUUAAAAUAACAAAAGAGUUCCAGGUUAUGAGUGAUGGAUCUUCAGACUGGAUUCCUAAGAGAAUUAAGCAACUCCAGAGCUUUGAGAUUCUGCAGGGUUGUCAGAGGGCUGCUGAAAUCAUCAUGAGUAUAAAGGAAAUAUACUCUAUUGAAGGAAACUUUGCCCCAGUUGAGGCUGUGAAACAAAUGGGAAGUGGCAAAGACCACCCAAUAAACACAAUGGAUGACUCUGUGUUAGAGACUUGUUCCAUACUCCAUGACAUGAAUGAUUCCCAAAAGCAAAGGUGUAUUGAAGCCUUCGAGAAUAGCAGUCAUCUGGUGAAUUGGCUCAGAGCAUCCAUGAAAGAUGGCGUGAAGGAACUGAAGGUGUUUGUGGACCUGGCUUUCAUCUCAGCUGGAGAGGAACCGAUGGAGAUUCAUAAAGUCAACUGUUUCCACUCUGCCACCACUGGAUAUGCUCCACUGAUCUUCAACACACCAAAGAAUGCUGAUUAUGAUACUUUCCUCAAGAACUGUGAACUGGUCUGGCAGGAACUCAGAUCUGAUGAGGAACUACCAAACAAAUUGACUGAAUGCAGUCGGUUUUUGAACUGGCUGAAGGAAGUUAAGAAGUCACAUGGAUCUGUUGAAGUAACCUCCUUGACACAGGCAGGACAGAUAAACAACAGGGGCAUGUACAAAAUUGGCAACUUAGAUGACAUACAGAACUGUUCACUUCUGGCCUUGAACAAUGUCAUCAGCCUACAUGUUACACAAGACAAAGAGCAAAAUCUAUCCCGAAGAUACACCUACAGCCAGUUGGUGGAUCUCCAGAGCAGGCUCAUGCUGGUGGCUGGCCAGGCAGAAAAGGGGAAAGAAGAUAUGGACCACUUCACCAUGGUUUUAGAUGGCAUAGUGCGUCUUGCAAAGACCUAUAUCAGACUGUGCAUAGACGGAUGUGUCUUGUUCAACUGUUGGAAGGGGAAGUUUUUGUGUGGAGAUGAGAGGAAUGUUUGCACCUUUUUGGAAUUUGGUGAAGGGGAAAAUCUUGAAACUUUAAAAGGACAUCGAGGGAAAGAGGAUGUUGAUGUCUUUAUCCAAGCUCUUGCAAAUGAGUUUGAGGACUUCCAUGAUGAAUGGAUGAACUAUGUCAGUGACAAAAGGGAUGAAUACUUGGAGCUGAACUUCUACACCAUUGAGCAGCUGGUGUUCCUUCAGAGAGAACUCAUCAAACUGGGCACAGAUGAGGAACCUUCUGUUCAUGUGUACUCUAUGUUGUCUCUGAUCAAGCCUGAUUGUACUGAGUCUGAUCUUGGCCUUGCUAUGAAGACUGCUAGAGAAGUUGUAUUUGCCAAGAAAGACAGAAAAGAGACAGAGACUGAAGACAUUGAACCAGAGACACAUCAAGAUGUUGACACUAAACAAGUUUUCAUUGAUGCUAUGAAAAACAGUAACUUCUCAGAAAAACUGGCCAGACAAGCCUUGGAAGAAGUGAACCCUGAAAAUAUUGAUUCUGGUUUAGCUUGGUGUAUGGAACAUGAAGAUGACUUCCCCAAUGAAGAAGAAGGCACAGAAUCUUCGGUUGAUCCAUUGUUCAUGGGCUGGCAGGUGGGAGGAGAGUCAGUGUCAUCCAUUGCAACCUCCUGGGUCAAAAGAAUCUCGCAUCAAACCAAGAAUAUGACAACUGUGCAGGAUUUGACCUUGAACUUGAGGUCAGUUUGGAAGACGUUCCUGGAAGCUGUAUCAUCCAGUGUAGCAGAUUAUCUCAGUCUGGAACAUCUUGGCAUCAUCCUCAGGCAGCUCGCUCAAGCAGACGAGCGAACAUUUAACAGGACUAUACCACCACCGCUAAAACCAGGAAUUUCAAACUUGAUCGUCUGCCCUGAAGCUGACAUGCUGAACACUGUUGUAUAUAUGUACAAACACUCAGAGGACCAGCCACUUCCACAACCCGAUGAGGUCCUUCUGUGCACUCAACAAACUACCUUUGACCAGGUUGACAUCUUCCUUCGACGAGCUUUCUUUAGCAACCCUGGCAAGUUGUAUACAAUGGCCAAUGCUGAUCUGCUGCAGUAUGAGAUUGAGGAGAGGGCAGAGAAAAAGCUCAAGGAGUAUUCAAGCAGGGACAGAGAUUUUGAUUGUCAACUUGUGAUACUUUGUUCCACGGAAAAUGAAUUCAAGGCAAGAAUUGUGGCAGCUCUAGAGAGACAAAGAUGUCCACCUCCUGCACUGCAAAACUUGCAUGAUGUGAAAACAUAUCUACUCUUAAAGUUUUCACAAAAAGUGGAAUGUGAUCAAGAUCACAAUCCAGCCUCAAAUUUGGAUUUCAGCAGUUCCACAGUGCGAGUGAUCAAGUCCAAGAGAGCUGGUGUUGGGAAGACCUUGUACAAGAAGCGUCAGGUGGAGGCACUGCAACGUCUGAACCCCAGAGUCCCUGCUACAUCAGUGUCCAUACAUCUGUAUGAGAAAAGUGUGUCCACAACAGCUGUGGCAGAGAAACUGCUGGAUCAUACACUGCAGCCUGGACAAGUCCAGCCUAGAAUAUUCCACUUGGACAUUUCAUAUGAGGUUCAGGAAGGCGUUGACUAUCUCCUCUUCAACCUGCUGGUUCUGGGCUGCAUCAGCAACAACAUGGGGCAUGUCUGGCUGAAGUCUCCCCUGGACCUGUAUCUCGUGGAGACCAUUCCCAUCACAGAUGUCAGGCAUGACAGGAGAGUCAAUUUGCGUCUAAUCCACACCUUGCUGGAGGUCCUUCCUGAUGUCUACUGCUGGUCUCCUCAAGACAGUCUGCAGAUACUCAAAACUGGCAUUAAACCAGAAGAGUAUGGUGAGAAAGACAGUCUCUUUGAUAUCAUUGAGUUUGAAGGUGAAAUUUACCAGCGACCAUUUCAAUACCUCAAGCGAUGGAACAGCAACAAAGGGCUUACUAACAUCAACUCACAAGUACCUGAAGGAACACAUGAAGAAUGUCUAACAGUUCUCCUGCAACAUUGUGGUGUGAUGGAUCCAUCUUGGUCUGAACUUCACAACUUUGUAUGGUUCCUCAACACCCAGUUGGUCGACUUUGAGAAAUCUAAUUUUUGUUCCAAUGCUGUCCUUGAGGAUUUGCCAGGUUUCCCAGUGUUUGUUCUAAAGUUCCUUAUCCAGAUGUCAAGGGACUUUGCAACGAGAUCUUUGGUGAUGAGUGAGCAGACGCCUCUGGAUCAACUGAAUGUCCAAGAAACCAUAGACCUAGCUCAGUUUCAGAUGAAGAGAAAAUGGGAGAGCAGCCCUCAUCCCUACAUUUUCUUCAACCCUGAUGGCCACACAAUGACCUUUCUUGGCUUCAACAUCAACCGCCAGACAGGGAACAUGGUGGAUCAGCAGACAGGGAGGGUGCUGGAGAGAAAUCUAGUGCCCAAACCACUACAGAAAGCACUGAUCAGAAACAAGGUCAACAUGAAUGAAAACUUUGAACAGAUGAAAAGACACGAUCGAUUGGCUAAGCUGUGCAGUGUGAUGCCAGGUGUCGACUUUGUACAUGACCCGGAUGACACAUAUGAACUGACAACAGACAAUGUCAAGAAGAUUCUGGCCAUUUACAUGAGAUUUAGAUGUGGAAUCCCAGUGAUAAUCAUGGGAGAGACAGGAUGUGGGAAGACAAGACUGGUCAAAUUCAUGUGUGAUCUGCAGUGCUUGCCAGGCUCUGACAUGGAAAAUAUGGUCAUUGUGAAGGUUCAUGGAGGCACAACCUCUGAGGACAUCAUCAGGAAGGUCAAGCAUGCAGAACAACUCGCCAUUGCUAAUAAGGCUAAUAACCCUCACCUGUACACUGUCCUGUUCUUUGAUGAAGCAAACACAACUGAGGCCAUUGGACUCAUCAAGGAAAUAAUGUGUGAUGGCUCUAUGGAUGGACAGCCACUGAAACUGUCAGAAAACCUAAAGAUUGUAGCUGCCUGCAAUCCUUACAGAAAACAUUCGGAUGAGUAUAUUCAGAGACUUGAAAAAGCAGGACUUGGCUAUCAUGUUGAGGCUGACAAGACAACAGAUAAGCUGGGCCAUGUCCCUAUGAGGAGACUUGUCUACCGGGUGCAGCCCUUGCCACAGAGCAUGCUUCCUCUUGUUUGGGACUUUGGCCAACUCAACGUUCAAGUGGAAGAACUCUACAUCAGACAGAUGGUCAACAGAUAUGUUCGAAAUGGCCAGAUACCUGUACUUGGUAGUAUUGUGUCAGUUGUCAGUAAGGUCCUCAUAGCCUCUCAGUCUUUCAUGAGGAUACAACAGGUAU